AUGGUGUAUGAAGUGUUGGGUGGAAUUACAAUGCAAGCAGAAUUGGAGGGCACUUGUACCUACAUCCUGGCCAAACUGCAGGAAAAGAACACGGACUUAACACCCCUCACUGUUAUUGAAUGCCAUGCCAUCGUGGACCCCAAUGUAUACCUGAACAAAUGUGUGCUUGAAUUGUGUAAGAGUGGCGAGGACAAGGAGGCCAUGUGCCAGGUUAUCCACAGCUAUGUUGCUGCUUGUCAGGCAUCCAAGGUCAAACUCCAGCCUUGGAGAAGCCCAACCUUCUGCCCCCUGACCUGCCCAGCCAACAGCUAUUAUACGACAUGCUCUAACAUCUGUGAAACAAACUGUGCUGGGAUCACGGAUCGCCUUAAGUGUCCAGAGCACUGUGUCGAAGGCUGCCAGUGUAACGAUGGUUUCUUCUUUGAUGGCCUUGAAUGUGUCUCCUUGGACAAAUGUGGCUGCUUUGAGAACGGCAGAUACUUCCCGUUUUUGGCCGACAUGAAGCCUAAUGAUGAUCUUGCUUGGGUCUUGCUGAAAAGCACCUAUUUCUCAGGUGCAGUAGGGGAAACCUGUUGGCCUUGGAGAAGCCCAACCUUCUGCCCCCUGACCUGCCCAGCCAACAGCUAUUAUACGACAUGCUCUAACAUCUGUGAAACAAACUGUGCUGGGCUCACGGAUCACCUUCAGUGCCCAGAGAGCUGUGCCGAAGGUUGCCAGUGCAAUGAUGGUUUCUUCUUUGAUGGCCUUGAAUGUGUCUCCUUGGACAAAUGUGGCUGCUUUGAGAACGGCAGAUACUUGCUGCAUGGAGAAAGCUACCUUACUCCUGACUGCAAGGCACACUGCACUUGCCAAAAUAACAACUCAGUGACUUGCAGGCCCCAAGGCUGUGCUGUUGGUGAAGUGUGUGAGCUGAGAGACGGGCUCCGUGGCUGCUACCGGACAGAAGGGCAUUGCACACUGAUGCUGGGGGCUCACCUUUCCUCUUUUGAUGGUCUUUCUGGGAAUUUUCUUUCUCCCGGCAUCUACCAGCUGGUUUCCCUUUGUGAUAUCAAUUCUGAUGAUUGGUUCCGCGUGGUUGUGAGUGUUGCGUCAUGCCCACCUGAUGGAACUAUUGCCCCCAUGGUGCUCCAUGUCUUCUUAAAGGACUUAUUUAUCAGUGUAAAUGGACAGAACAAUGUCUGGGUGAAUGGACUGCCUAUUUCAAUACCACACAAAGGCACCAAGUUAGUAAUAUCAAGCUGGUUGGUGACACUCCCUCCUCAGCUUACCACAGGUUCAAGUAUCAGUGAGUUCAGCUCGAGUAGUGAAGGUGGUAUCGAUCUGCUUGUCAGGGGAGUAGUUGGGGCAUUGGAAACUUCAACCAUGAUCAAUGAUGAUCUGAAGGGCCCAGGUGGAGUGGAGUAG